CGUUUACUCGGUCGUCGGCUUAGUUCGCUCAUUUUCCCACUUAAAAACCCCACUCUCCCCGCGUCUUGCCCAAACGCUUUAACUUAGCCCGGAAUAGGAGGAAUGAUGAGAAACUCGGAAUAACUCUCCCUCGCCGGAAUAAGCACACGAACUACAAUAUCUACAGUAUGAGCGACGGCGCCGACGCGUCCACCUCGGGUGAUAAUCUCACCCCGAGGAAAUCCUUCUGGCGCUCGGCCUCCUGGACCGCCCGGUCCUCGCCGACCGCGCCGGCGCCGCAACCGAACCCGGGCCGGCCGCCGAAGAGGCCGGGCCGGCUGGCCCUCCCGGUCCGGCCGCCCUUGUCGGGAUGGCCCCGGCAGGCGUCGGACGACUCCGGGCCGACCCCGUCCGCGUCGGGGCUGGCGCACACCGACGCGGCGGACCUGUCCCGCGUGGCCGACCACGUGUACCUGGGGAGCGACGCGGCGGCGCGGGACAGGAACGCGCUGCGGCGGCACGGGAUCACGCACGUGCUGAACUGCGUCGGCGCCGCGUGCCCGGACUACUUCCGCGGGGAGGGGGACUUGGUGUACAAGACGCUGUGGCUCCACGACUCCCCCGCCGAGGACCUCUCCUCCGUCCUCUACGACGCCUUCGACUUCCUCGAGGACGCCCGCGGCGGCGGUGGGGGAGGGGGAGGGGGGCGCGCUCUCGUCCACUGCGUCCGCGGCGCGUCGCGCUCCGCGGCCAUCGUCGUCGCCUACCUCAUGUGGCGCCACGCGAUCCCCUUCGACGCCGCGCUCCGCCGCGUCAAGGCCGCGCGCGCCGCCGCCGACCCCAACCUCGGCUUCGCCGCGCAGCUGCUGCGGCGCCAGCCCCGCCCCGGCGCCGCCAACUCCCCCGGCUCCGCGCGCCGCGUCCUCCGCCUCGCGCCGCACUCGCCCUGCGCCCCGCUCCACCUCGUCCCCAAAACCGCGCUCCCCUCCUCCUCCUCCUCCGGCGCCUCCGCCGCGGAGCUCCUCGACUCCCGCGGCGCGUUCCUCGUCCACGUCCCCGCCGCGGUCUACGUGUGGCUCGGCGCCGCGUGCGAGCCCGCCAUGGCCGCGGCCGCCGCUAGGGCUGCGGCCCAGGUGGUGCGCUACGAGCGGGUGGCGGGCCCCGUCGUCACCGUCCGGGAGGGCGCCGAGCCCCCCGAUUUCUGGAGCGCCAUCGCCGCCGAGCCCUCGGUUCCCGACCCCUCCAAGGCCGGGAAGCGGAGGGUGGAGCUCUACGACCUCGACUUCGAGAUCUUCCAUCACGCGCUCAAGUCCCCGAAUGAGGAAGCGGCGGAGAGCACCACCCCGUCCUCGUCGUCGGCCGACUCGGCUUCCACCUUCUCUCCGGCCUCGUCCUCUUCUUCCGAUUGGUAUAAUUCUCCUUCCACACCUGGCCACUCCACAAUCCAGCUGGGUCCCAAGUUGCCCUCUUUCCGUACAAGAACGGAGAAUGAGAAAGCUUCGACCUUUCCAUCUGAUGCUGCAGAUACUAAAACAAGGGCUCAAUCCCUCGCCGAACGCAGAGGAGGCAUUACCCCUUCGUUGGUUUUGUUAGCGCCACCAGAUGCGGAGAAGGAACAGCCGUCGCCGCAAGAAUUCCAACACGAUUGGUGCUUAUCUCCUGCAUUCAUCCCGGACGUGGAAGUAGAUGAAGAGGAAGAAGGUGACUCUAUGUGUAUCGAUCAUCAGCUUUCGUUAAACCCUUCGAACCAGUUGAAUUUGGAUGCGAUCGAAGAAGACAUAGAAGAAGAAGAAGGGAGUAGUCAAUUGAUUCAUCCGAUCCUUUUCCGGUGGCCCGAAAUGGACAAAAUGGAGGAAAUCCAUCCGGGGGUGCUCGAUUCAAGAUCAGUAUUCUUAAUGGUGGCUCCGAAUUCCAGGAAAGGUGUGCGAAAGCCGACGUCGAAGAUUUUGUACAUAUGGUUAGGAAGUGGAAGUGAAUUGAGCGAAGGGGAUGUAGAAAAAGUUAGAGAUGUGUGUUCGAGCAAGACCGGCAUCGAUGUUCUCGAUCUGAUUGGGAUCCCCCCUGAUACUCCCGUGGAGGUACGCAAUAAGUUGUUCGUGUUGAUGAAUGGCAUACCUGAAUCAAUCUUUUAUUUGAAAUCUUUUACAUAUCAAUUAUUGUGUCUGCGAAUUAUUUUUUGCUAAUAAUAGAUGUCCUUAUAUCUGCAACUUCGCUUAAUCAUAUAGAAAUUGGUCAUCCAUCUUAAAACUAUUAAUUUAAUAAUUUAAUGUGAGCAAAAGUUUCUGUUUUGGAAAAGAAGUGUUGUUGAUUUUGUAACUUCUGCGGAAUUUAGCCUAGAUCUCAUGGUCAUAAUUGCUGCUAUUACGAUGUUGGACUUGACUUCAAACCUCUGAUUAUGUGAGAAAUGCAUUAUAUUAAAUGCUCAUCAAAUAAGAUUAUAGCAGCCGGUCAGUAUGUUUGACAAGUCUACUCGAUGGUGACGUGACGUUCCGUUUUACUGAUUUAAGAUGAGUACAGGACAGGAAAUUAAAAAUUAGAUUUCUUGACCUUGUGCAUAGAAUUAAGCAAAGUGGGAGGCCAAAGUUUGAACACUAAGGUUUCACAAAACUAUAUGACUGGUGAUGUGCUAAUCUAACUUUCUAUUUGAAAUGUGUGUCUACCAAACUUCUGUAUGCUAUCUACCGGCGCUCUCUAUUCGUUCAAGUUGACAUUUUGUAUGUAUUUGCCCCUAUUUAAUUUUCGCUGGACAAUUGAGGGAAAAGAUGAUCUAUUAUAGAUGUUUUUGCCGGCAACAAAUGGUUGGGCAAAACGUGGUUAUGGAAAAGAACGUCUUAAUAAUGACUGGGCUAAACAAAUAUCUGCGGUAAAGGAGUUUCUGGGGAUGAGGUUGAAAAACUGUGCUUCCUACAUAAACAAAUGGAUCAUUCAUGUGUUUGGAAUGAACAUUUGCAGCUUGUAGAUUUAAGUAAUUCUUAUCUUCUCUUUAUGCAUUUGUGAGAAUUAACUCACACAAUUUAGUGGACAAAAGGUAGAAAUUCAUUACUAGAAGGAAAAGUUCGUUAAGAUUAAUGUUCGACAGCUGAUCAGUUAGGCUGAAAAGGGCAUCUAUUAAAUUGUUCUAAUGAUUUUGCAGCAUUAUUGCAGGAAAUUUACUGGCUAUAUGCAGAAAUAACACAAUUAUUUGUUAAAUCAGUCCGUCAUGAAUUGACAUUAGACGUGAAAAAACAUUUCUUCUUUCUUGCUUUUUCCAUUGAGACCUCUGCAUCUAAUGUGCUCCAACAUUAGCACAAAAUGGUUGGAUGACAUACUGUCAUUUGCUUCAUUUGGAGGUCAUGAAUUUUUUUCAGUUAGACAGCUUUAGAGGCUAGUGAUAUGUUGGUGUGGGCAUGCCAAAAUGUAUGACUUAAUCUGGAUCUUCUUUAAACUAUAAUUUUAUUAGGGAAGUCCACUUUCUAAUCUAACUUGAACAGACUUGCCCCCAACUUCAUCUCUAGCCUUCAAUUUCUUCCAUAAUGAUAAUUUUAAGCAUUUGUUUCACAUGAUAGCAUUAAUAGUAUGAUGUAGAAUGCAAGGUUUGUCAUGCUAUUCAGCACGGAAGGAAUGUGUCAACCAUUCCAACCUUUUCUGUAAUGUCGCUCUGCAUGUCUGUGCAUUUUCACAUAUCAAUGGGUUUGUGCCAGUGAUGACUGUGUCAAUUGUCGUACAUGCCAGCGAACAUGACGUGUUGAUGCAUGUGCGAUGUCGCUAUUCAAAAGAGGGUGUGCUACAACAAGUAAUCCACUAUAGUAUGCAUCACAUACACAAGGGUAGAAUACUGACGAGUAUGCACUAGUCAGAUGUUUUCACAGAUUUCUUCUUACAUUCAGAGAAAGUUUCUAGUUUUAGAUUUAAUGAACGAUGUCCUGCAGUUGUUUGCUUCAGAGUUUAACCAUAUGAGUUCGUAUAGCAUUUAAUGUUUUUAGCAUGUUGUCAGGGACAAAACCACUCUGUCAUAUUGUCUGACUUGUCUGCUCUUCCUAUUCUACCACCAUGAACACAUGGUUAGUGGAAACAGUUCAUUCUGCUUCAAGAUUAGACUUUUGUUUGGAAUUUCUAUAGAGGAUUGCACGCAUCAUUGUUUUCGCUAUUUAUGAUGCAUGAAUACACCAAGUCUUUAGGUAGCUCCAAACUAAA